GAUUUUCUUAACCCCCUACAUGUUGCUGCCCACUAUGGCAAUGUCAAAGUCGCGCGUCUUCUGUUGGACAAUCGCAUCGACAUGAACGACCGUGCCUUGAUCUACCCACCCGCCCGCCCGGUGAAGGUUUUGCUGAGUUUUCUCUCUCGUUCUCUGGCUCCCCGAUAA